AUGGAAAAUAUUGAAAAUUAAGACUCAGAACUCUAAUUUUAGCAAGAGCUUUAGAAAAUAGAUGUGCCAAGCUUAAGCGAGUUUGAAUAAGGCAGAUUCUAACUGAUGAACUUGACAAAGCAAUAUGACUUGUCCAGCUAUGUUUACCCAAUAUGCAUAUCAGAUUGCGUUAAAGAUAAUAGAAAUGAUAAAAGAGUGUUCUCAACUGAGGAGCUUAGAUGUGCAAAUAACUGCAUCAGCAAAUACAGAUUGAGUCUCUAGACAUUAACUUCUUUUGUGACUCAAAACUUGGGCAACUAAUGA